CAGACCAUUUUCAUUCAAUAGUGCUUAGCUCUGUUUCCUGUGUCCUAGUCCUGGCAGUCUUCUGCCUUGAUAUCUGCUGAUCUAAGUUAAACAAGGUUAAAAAUGAACCUAAGCAGCAUACUUGUGACAUCUUGUAUUUAUGGAAUUAUAAAUAUAACACUAGUGAUGUCACAGAAAGACUAUUAUAAAUCACUGGGCCUAAAGAAAGGUGCGUCAGCGAGAGAUAUUAAAAAAGCGUUCAGAAAACUUGCGCUAAAAUACCAUCCAGAUAAAAGUGAUGAACCUGAGGCUGAGCAGAGGUUUCUAGAGAUUGCCGAGGCCUACGAGGUCCUGAGAGAUCCUGUAAAACGAUCCCAAUACGAUCAAAUGGGACAUAGUUCGUUUAACAAAGAUAGUGGUUUUAAACCAGGAAACUUCAACUUUCAGGACCUUUUUAAGGAUUUUGACGAUCUUUUCAAAGAUUUCGGUGAUAUGGAGGGUCAUUUUAAAUCCCAUUUUGGAAACCAUAAAAUGCAUCAUGAUGCUGCGGGGGGAAACUUUCAGUUUGCCCAGGAUAUUAAUUUCGAGGAUUUGUUCGAAUCUCCAUUCCUGCACAUGAACGAGUACGAUAUGUUCGGCCACGAUAUGGAGGAUGUUGCCCGGGUUAAUCUCAAGGGACGGCGGGAACACAGCCAACGGUCAAAGCAAUCCUGUAGAACGGUCACGCAACGAAUAGGGAGCACGGUGACCACUUAUACUCAAUGUUCAUGAUAAAUUACGG